GCAUUUACAUAGGCCUACCAAACGACAUCGUGCGCUUUUUAGCUAACCAGCCACAAUUCCUUGUUCAGUUUUUUUCUCAUGAGAAGUGCCGCCAUGUUUUUGUGAGACAGGAUGACAGCAGACAGCAGCGCAGAGGAACACAGUUAGUAAAAAACGGCAAUUUAACGAAAUACCGGACGUACGGCUAUUGUUUUUGUCGUCGACAUCAGCGGAAUAGGGAAGCUAUGGUCUUUUGAAGAUAUAUUUUGCUUAAGCGCACGAAAUUACGUCGAGGUCGACCCUUGGAUAUUUCAUCAUAAUUCCGUUUUCCUAUGGCGUAGGAACCUCUUUCCAAUAUUGAUAUUUUUUUCUUUUCUGGGGUAUGGGAGUGGGACCUCCCACGCAAUAGAUAUUGGCAUUUUUUUAUAAAGUGAAUCUGAAGAAAUCCUAAGCAAAUGAAUAAUACAAGAACACAUUCCUGCAUUUGCCCAACUACCUCUGCGCAUUCGUGGGGACAGGAGUAACGAAUAAACAUUUUUGAAGGGUAUUUCAUUGACCUCAGCAUAGCCUAUGGUUAAUCAGUUGCUGAAACAAAGACUGAAAAGAACGAAGUGAAUACAAGGAAAUACUUUCUACUGUGAAAUUGCGAAAGGACACUGUUCUAAGAUGACGAGCACUAUCCCAGCGGAUAUGAUCAACUUGAGGCUCAUUUUGGUGAGUGGAAAAACAAAGGAGUUCCUGUUCUCGCCCAACGACUCAGCUGCAGACAUCGCCAAACAUGUGUACGAUAACUGGCCUAUGGACUGGGAAGAGGAACAGGUGAGCAGUCCUAACAUCCUGAGGCUCAUCUACCAGGGACGCUUCCUGCAUGGCAACGUGACACUAGGAGCAUUAAAACUGCCCCAUGGAAAGACUACAGUGAUGCAUUUAGUUGCCAGAGAGACAUUGCCCGAGCCAAACUCCCAAGGGCAGAGAAACCGCGAGAAGACCGGAGAGAGUAACUGCUGUGUGAUUCUGUAAAUACAUUGCCUCCAUCCCCAAGCUGAACAGGAUGCAUUCGUAGUUUGCCUCCCAUGCUGCUGAAAUACACACCUACACACAUACACAGAUACACAUCCAGGAGAAAAUGAAUGAAUAAGAAGGUGGAGACAUUGCAAUAUGGAAACAAAAGGAAGCAGCAUUAGGCCUAGGUUAGAGAUUGAGGAAGGACUCUGGGCUCGUAGUCUUUCCAUUAGUUUCAGCACUGUGCUGUCCAUGCAUCCUGCCCUAGAAUCUUAACUUCUGUUUCCGGCCUUUUAUGAACUCUCCCCCUCUAACUCUUUCCAUUUUUAUAUACACACCUCCACAAACACACACACACACAGGCAACCACACACACACACACACACACACACAGGGUUUGCACGUGGAGGCCAUCUUCUUGUUCAUUGAGUUUGCCUGCUCUCACUACAUCUAGGGCUUUGAGACUGUCGGUCGGUGUGUGAGAAGGAAAUUAACAGGGUCAGAUGGGCUGUAGUGCCCCCCCCCCCCCCACCCCCCACAUAUUACAAAAUAAAGAGGCAGACACAAUUAGCUACUAAUUCUUCUAAAUGGUCGUCCACGUCAAACUUCCCCAGUUUCCUGAUGUGCAGGGAUGCUCCCAGACAGCUGUGCUGCCCAAAUGUGGCAGAGGACGCUUCCUCCCAAUGUGCGCGCUGCGCCGCGCCUCUUCAGCCAGGACACAAGUAGUGCUCUAACCACUGAUUAAAUCAACACGCGUAAUCUUUUUUUUUUGUUUCAGUGCAGUAGACCAAGUGUUGAUGUGCCUGAUUGAAAGCGUAGUGAAUCUGGCUGAUGCUUUGUUUGUCUGUUUAUUUUUUCUCCUUCAUUUCUGAAUGCAUUUUAAGUGCACAUUAUAUGGAUGUAACUCCUAAUACUUGUAGUGCAAUUCCAAUACUUGAUGCAGACAAGGUAGAUGUUUUCCCCUUAGUCUCAUAUGAAGGUCUAAUCAGUACAUAACAAGCAAAAACAUGAAAUUGCUGUUCUUCAGCAACAUCUAUGGCUGGAUUUUAACAGUGCACAUGUUAUUUUUGACCAAUCAGUGUUGUCUGCCUUCAUCAGUUUAAAACGGCUUUGUUGUGUAGGGAAUUUAACAACUUCUCGAUUUAUAAUUAUUUUUUUCAUGUUUCUUUUUAAAUGUUUGUUUAUUUGUUUGUUUUGUUUUUGUCUAAAACAUAGUGAAAAUUGAGGUUUGCAAUCCAAGCCAGAAGAUGAUUAUGGAGUGACUUUGGAAUUUUUUUGGUCUUCAUGUAAUGAAAUCCAUUUGCACAACAGUGAAGCAUGUGCUCUUUCAUCUUAACCUGUAAUUUUGUUUAUUUUGAUAUUUUUCCAAAUGGAAUUGUAUUCCAAGGUUACAUAUGUGUAGAUUAUAUUUAAUAUGAAUCUUAUAUAGAACAUAACUGUAGAUCUUAUUGGUAUAUAUAGGUGUUUAGUGUAUGAUUGUCAAUACAAUUAGUACAUUAGGAAGUGUCACUUGCAGACAGUGUCUCGUACUUACAGCAGGAUACCCCUAAUCAGUUACAAGUUGUACUGUGUUAUCCCUUACUUUUUUGUUUUCAGCUGAUAAUAUGAUCAGUUAUCUUGUGGGUUUUUGCUUUAAGGAAAUGCUUUAUAACACAUUGCUAGGUCUUAAAGAGUAUUGUUCAUAUUGAUCAGGAUUCAAAUCUGUACAGAGCAAAAUGUUUUCAAACUGAUUGUAAAUAGAACUAAUGCUUUCCCCUUCCAACUACAAAUGGAGAAUCUCUAUAAACAGAAUAAAAGAAUUAUUGAAGUGGA